AUGGAGGACCUCAUGCAGGACUUGCCCAUGUCUAUGAUGUUUGCCGCUUUUACCGGCAUCUCAUGGUACAUCGGGAUCGAGAUCAAUAUAUCCUUAUUCCUUCUUUUCAAGCAUCGCCGUGGUCUGUAUUUCUGGUCAUGCGCGCUCACGUCUUGGGGCGUGAUUUUACAGCCUCUUUUCAUGAUCCUGGCCGACUAUAACAUUUGGAAAGAUAAGAUACCAGCCAUAGUUAUCAUUUACCUGACAUGGCUCAUCAUGGUGGUGCCCCAGAGUUGGGUCCUCUAUUCACGACUACAUCUGCUCAUCAACACCACGAAGACACUAAGCCGCAUCAAACUUGUCCUCAUAUUUACCUCGAUUGUAUUUUCUAUUCCAACCAUUGUGAUUGGUACCCUAGCUGUGAGUGUUGCCUGCCCGAGUAUUAACAAAGACGCGGUGCGAACAGUUGCUAACUUGGCCUCCGUUCAGCAAGCAACGACAUUAAAACUCACUUCCUUCAACCUCAUCUGGGACCGUGUGCAGCUCGUAGUCUUCGUUGUGCAGGAGUCUGCCCUCGGCAUUCUCUACAUAUUUCAGACGCGUAACUACCUACGCGAACGCGCCCCGAUCCUUGAGCGCUCCUGGGCCACGCCGUCUACUAUUGAAUGGAAAAGAAGCAAGCAGAAAAACAUGCUAUCACAGCUGAUAUGUACGAAUCUGCUCAUCAUCGCGCUGGAUAUCACCCUGAUUGGCAUCCAGUGCGCCAAUCUUUUCUACCUGCAGGCCGCAUUUAAACCGUGUGUUUACGGCAUUAAGCUGAAGGUUGAAUUCGUCAUCCUAAAUCGCCUCAUCAAGCUUGUUAAUCAAGCCUCAUCUACCGUUCCGACCGAUUCUAUUGACUACGGCCAUGCGACGAAUUCGGAUAAAUAA